AGCUCGUAUUGGCAGGACAUGUCGCGGAUUUUGCGAUCCGUACAACUUUACAGCCUGCUGAGUCUCAGAGAAGAGUUGUUACCACAAUCACACUUAAUGGAGGUGUAGUGCCGACGUAAGAAAAUAAUCUAAAUUCUCUGCUAUGCUAUCUACAUUCAGUGAGACAAUGCUCUCGUAAACUUACGCAACGCCAAGUUGACAAAAGUAAACAGUGAGCUAUUAGCCGGUCUCUGAUUCCUACAGAGCAUUAGUUACUCCGUUUAUAACAGGGAUAAUGUGCAUUUUAUUCCUUCACACUCAGACCUCCUCAACAGCUGGCCGUUUUCGCCUUAUACUGGCUGCAAACCGUGAUGAGUACUACAUACGCCCAGCUCUGCCUAUUCACUUCUGGAAAGAAGAUGAGACUGUAAUAGGAGGUCGUGACUUGGAACCUGGUAAAGAAGGAGGCACAUGGCUUGCUCUUUCAGCAAAGAAUGGAAAACUUGGUGCGUUACUCAAUAUCAUGAUGCCAGGCGGCGAGCAUCCUCCACAUCUAUUAGGAAGAGGUAGUCUUGUUGCCAAUUUUGUGCAUAAUAAUGUUUCCUGCAGCAAAUAUCUGCAAGAAGUGGCAAGGAAUGGUGCAAAUUAUCGCCCUUUCAAUCUUCUCACAUUACACUUAAGGAAAAAUGAUGCUGACAUGUAUGUGUAUUCAAAUGUUGGUAGUCAAGGUGAACCCAUUAAAAUAACUGAAAACUGCUUUGGAAUCAGUAACAGUGAGUUCAGUACUCCAUUCCUCAAAGUGACAGCAGGCACCGAAAGAUUUAAACAAAUUGUCCAGAACUAUGGUGAUAUAACAAACAAGGAUUCCCUAAUAAAUGAACUGCACACUUUUCUACAGUGGAAGGAAAGUCAUUUUCCUGACCCUGUACUCACUGAACGUGCCCCUCAGGUGACAUCAGAAUUUCUAUUGCCACUAAGCUCAGUGUUCGUAAACAACAUGAACCGUUCAUAUGGAACAAGAGCACACAGUAUAAUUCUUAUGGAUGAUGAAGGACAUACUGACUUUUACGAGUGGUCAAUGAAAUGCCCUAUUGAGGCUACCAAUCCUGUUUGGGAAUACAAUCAUCUAACAUGUCAAGUACAGUUGCAGUAAAUAGGAAAUAAAUAGAUACUUUUAUUAUUA